AUGUUGAAUCCUUUUACUAAAUCUCAUCUUGAUCUUCCUCCAAUUUCAACUUUUCCAGAUGUGGUUCGUUAUCACCGUGACUGGUGGCACGUGGGUGAAUAUGUUCUGGUGGAACUUAGUGACGGUUCGAUCUAUACUAUUGACGCCAUUAGUUUUCAUAAGUAUGAGAUUCAGAAGAUUGUGAUAUCCUCCCCUCCUGACAAUGACGACUUCCUGGCAGUGGCUAUAUAUAAAGAGUGCGGCAAGUUGGCCGUUAGUAAACUGAAUGACAAGAGAUGGACACAUAUUCCAACUGAACAGAUGUCGACAUUUUUUCAAGAUGUCAUAUUUUUCCAAGACAAGAUAUACGCCUUAGACGAUGAUACAAGUCUGUAUGAGUUUGAUAAGAAGGUCAUUAUGGACGAACUAGGGAAGAAGCCCCGGCCUCAACUAGUACCGCUACUGACCUCCAUUGGAGGAAUAUGUGAACCCCCACCUCCGGCAAAACUGGCCACGCACUAUAAUUGCAGCAUGAACAAGUAUGUGAUUGGUUGUGUUGAUGGCAGUUUGUUAAUGAUAGUUAAACAUAAUGAUUGGGCUAUGGAAAUGCUACACGUCUGCAAUAAAUUUGAUGUGUUCAAGUUGAACAAGAAUUCAAAAGAAUGGUCAAGAAUGCAUAGUUUAGAAGAUUAUGCAGUAAUGAUUGGAUAUAAUUCGUCUGUUCAGAUGUUUCCUGGCAAAUCCCCAUAUUGCAAGGGAAAUCAUAUAUAUUACACAGACAACCAAGUGGUGUUGCACACUCUAGGCAAACCCAGCCUGCAAGAUAUGGGCAUCUUAAACUUAGAAGAUACAAACACCAACGAAAUACUACCAAAUGUGGAAUGGGUGUGUCCUCCAACUUGGUUGUUACCCUAA